UGCAUGUUCAUCGUGACGGCUUCAUGACACUCAAGCGCUUCACGACAACUGCACGGACGCUUCAAGUCUAAUGGCGAGCUGAAGCCCGAUGAUCUAGAGCAGACGGUGCGAAACACGCCAUGUUUGUUGGUCACUUCGCAGGUGGAGCUGCACGAGGAGAGCAAUCACAUUGAUCAGCACCUAAGUAUUACCGUAGAUUGCAGCAUAGAAGACGGACUUGAAAAGUAUAAAGACACCCAACAUCCACAUAUCAUCUCAUUCCAUCUCAUCUCAUCUCAUCUCAUCAACAGCCAACAACUACUCUAGAGCCGUCUUCUUUUCACCAAACUCAAACAACACUAUUCCACCAUGUCUUCUCUCGUCGAAAAGGAUAACACCAUCUACGUCCCUGCCGAGUUCCUCGGCGGUGAGAAAGGCCGAAAGGUCAACGUGACCUGGAGCCAGUCAUUGCGCCAGCGCAAUCAAGAGUACUGGGUCUGCAAGUAUACCGUCAAGUCUGGUGGCAGCUCCGAAGGUGUCAUCUACAUCCAAACCGACAAGCUCGACGAGUUCAAGUCGAAGAAGAUGGACGGCGACAACUUCACUUUGAAGGUCGAUGACCAGUUCCAGUACGGACAGGACAAGAACAAGACCAAGCGUUUCCUUGUUUUCCACAACAAGGACUACAAGCCUUACCAGCACCGUUAUGUUUCCAACACUAUGGCCGAUCUGGGAGGAAAGGCCGCGGACAUCAUCGAGGGGCUUGGAUUCAAAGAUAUCAACACUGUCGAGGAAAUGACUAAGCGCUUUGUCGGAGACUACUUGCACAACUUCUAGAAGAUCAGAGUUCAGGGCUACAGGAAGCUCUAGACAAUAUAUGCUUCUGGAUAGUGUAUAGAUAUUAGCAUUCCAAUGAUUGAACGCGCCUUGAGAAUCUCGC